GUCUGCGGAGGAGGGGACGUCGUCUUCGUUCUUCAGGAGAUAGAGCAGAAGACCUGGCAUCGCCAGGGAUGCAACUUGUUCAUCCAGCAGAGUAUCAGCUUGAGAGAGGCGCUCUUGGGCUGCGAGCUGGUGAUCGAGCAUCUCGAUGGGCGUAGGCUACUUGUUCGCUCCAAGCCCGGGGCAAUUCUGGCGCCCAAGUGCAACGGAGAGGGGACCUGGAGCCGCUUCGAUGACUCGGACGCCUUCCCUGGCCAGGAUGCAGGCACAGCCAAGACGGGUGACCUCGAGUCCUGCAAGGAAAUCUGCAGACGCCAUGGCUGGGCCGGCUUCACUUACUGGGAAGACAAAGCUUACUUCCGCGCGCAGGACCGGUCGAUGCUGCUGAAGCACAGGAGGGCGUCUCGUGGAUCCAUCCUUUUCGUGCGCCCCCAGGCCAAGCAAAUGCAGCAUGCCCUGCUGGGCUACGGCAUGCCGCAGCUGGGCAAGCCAUGGCUCCGUGGCCACCUCUUUGUCCACCUGAAAGUCGACCUGACGGACGUUGGAGAAAAGGUUGCGGCAGCUUUGCAGGCGCUGCCUUCGCCUGCCUUGCACACCUCCGAGGACGCGGAGGAGCUCGAGGAGUUCGCCUUGAGCGAUGUGGACGUCUCGGAGAGCCAGCGGCAAAACCAGCGUCUCACGGGAGGCUUCGACGGGGAUCAAGGGCACGAGGAGGCCUCACCAUGUCCGGCGAUGUGA